AUGCCUGGAACAGAAUUCAGAUUGAAAUCAUCUAAUGAAAUGUAUUAUGAUCAAUAUCAUCAACUGUUAAAUGUUGAAAGAGAAUUGCCAGAAAAUUCAAAUUCACAAGAAUUAUCACCAUUCAGUGACAAGACAGAUAUUGUGCCAAAUAAUGGUAACAAUAAUAGAAGUAAACGUUUUCUUCAAAAGAAUUGGUUGAAGAUAAUCUUACCAAUAUUGAUUAUUAUUUGUAUUAUAUUCCCAGCAAUAUAUUUUCUAUGUUAUAAUUUAAUUCAUUAUUUUGGUUUAUUUGAUGAACCAAAUGAAGAAGAAUAUGAAAAUGUUGUCAAUUUUUUAAAAUUAAAAUUUAAUUCAUUUUAUGCAUUUAAUAAAUAUACUACUGAUAAUCAAUUAUUCAAUAAUAAAACAUGGUUUGAACAACUUAAAAUGAAUUAUUUAUUAAGUUUAAAUUUACAUAUUCCUAAUAAAACAGAACGUUUCAAUUAUUUUCAUACAUUAUAUAAUAAUAAUAAUAUUAAUAAUAAUAAUAAUAGUAAUAGUAAUAAUGGUAAUAAUAAUAAUAAUAAUAAUAAUAAUAAUAAUAAUAAUAAUAAUAAUAAUGGUGAAUUAACUCCAUUAGAAAGAUAUGGCAUUGUAAUUAUCUUAUUUGGUUCAUUAAAAAUUCCUAAAAUUAAAGAAUAUUAUAUUGGUCCAUUAAAUAAACCAAAAAUAAUUAAACUUUUAAAUAUAUAUCCAUAUUAUAAAAGACCAUUAUUGAAUAUUGAAUAUAAAAUUUUAUUAGAUUAUUUAACAAUAAAAAUAAAUCGUAUAAAUAUGAUUAUUGAAGAAACUUAUUCAGCAAGUUAUUUUAUGAAUAAACCAUUAAAUCAUUAUUGGUUAUAUAAAUAUAAUCAAUUCAAUAAUACAAAUUCAUUAUGUCAACAAUUAAUUUAUAAUAAUAAUAAUAAUAAUAAUAUUAAAGGAAGACCAAAUUGUUUAAUACCAAUAUUUGCUUCACCAUUGAUUACAUCUGAAGCACCAGAAAGACGUCGUAUAUGGAUAAGAUUAUGCAGAGAAGUUAUUCCAUUUAUACAAUAUCCUGUAGAUAUUCAAUUUCAUAUUGAUCAAACAUCAUUGGAUCCAGAUGAAUGGGAUUUAUUGGGUAUUUGGUUUCAAGGUCAUAUGUUCACAUCAAUUGAAGAACUUUUAAGUAAAUAUCAUUCUGGUGAACUUAAAGUGAUCAAACAUCAGUUUGUAGAUAUGUAUCAUAAUCAAUUAAAACCGGGUCCCAGUCAACAAUCCACAACACAUAACAAUCGAUUCAUGAAAAGUAAUUCUCAAACAACUAAUCGUAAAGACAAUUUAAUUCACGUAAGGAAUCGUCGAAUCCAAUAUGACAGAUGGGAUUUUCAUGUAACUGUUAGAAGAGAUACAGGACUUAGAGUGUUUAAUGUAUACUUUGCAAAUGUUAGCUUAAUAUCUGAAGCUGGUUUAGAGGAAACAGUAACAUCAUACUGGGGUAAAUCCCCAUUUAUGCAAGCAAUGACAUCAUUAGAAUCAAUGUUUGGAAUAGGCGGUAUGACUUCAGAAUUAAGUCCAGGUUUAGAUUGUCCAAAAGAUGCUAUUUAUCUACCAGUAAGAUUAAUUGAUUCAGGUGAAACUGGUCCUAAAUUUAUAAAAAAUGGUAUUUGUUUAUUUGAAUAUAAAACUAAUCCAUAUAAUGGUCCAAUUAGACGACAUUUUGAAUUUCAUAUUAAUGAUUAUUUUGGUAAUAAAAAUAAAACAAAAUAUACAAAUUUUGGUCAUGGUAUAACAAGUUAUUCAUUAAUUGUACGUACAAUAUCAACAUUAUUUAAUUAUGAUUAUAUAUUUGAUAUAAUUUUUUAUUCAUCUGGUAUAAUUGAAUUUUCAGUAACACCAACUGGUUAUAUUCAUGUUGAUAUAGAAUUAAAUUCAUAUUAUCAAUAUAAUAUAAAAUAUGGUUUUCCAACUAUUAUUAAUCCAAUUUAUAUGGUUAUACAUCAUCAUUUAUUUCAUUAUAAAAUUGAUAUAGAUAUUGUAAAUAGAAAAAAUUUUAUGAAAAUAAUUCAAAUACAUGGAUCAUUAACAGAAAAUCAAAUGAAUAUUGAUCAUUUAAAACAAUUAAAUCAUUCAUUAAAUCAUUCAGAUUUAUUAUGGUUAUCUAUUGAUAUACCUAAAACUGAAAUGGAAGCAAGAUUUUUAACAAAAUUUGAAUUACCUAAACAAUAUUUAAUUUGUUCAACAAAUUUCAAUAUAAAUAAUUUAAAUGAAAUAAAUCAAUAUUAUAAAAAUGAUAAAUGUUUAUUGAUUAUUAAUAAAGGUCAAAUUAAAACAAUUUUUAGUGAUAAAUAUACAAAAUCUUUUGCUUGGUCCAGACAUCAACUUUAUGUUACUCAACAACAUGAUAAUGAAUCAUUUGCAUCAUCAAUAUUCAAUGGAGUUGAUUUAAAUUCACCAGUUGUUGAUUUUACAAAAUUCAGUUCAAAUAAUGAGUCAAUAUUCAAUGAAGAUCUUGUUUUGUGGUUAACUGUUGGUAAUUAUCAUUUGCCAAGACAUGAAGAUCUACCAAAUACAGCUACUAGUGGUGGACCAUUAUCCAUAUUUAUAAUGCCACACAAUUUAUUCACUUAUAGUCCAGAUGCUUUCGGUUGUAAUCGAUUUUAUACUGAAUCGUUAAAUGAGUGGAUAACAGGACCACAAAUGAAAGAAGAAUGUCAAAUGGAACCAAUUCCAAUGUUAUAAUAUUUCAAAUGAUUAGCGCAUUAUUUUAUCUCAAAUAAAUGUCAUUCUAAAAAAAAAACAGUUUCACUUGUAACAUUUGUAAAUAUAUAUUACAUAACAAUUAAGUAACUAAAUUCAAUACUUAUCAGAUAUAUUCCCAUGAAUUAUUUAGUAUAUAAUACAUUACAUUAGACCAUACAUU